UAUUUUCUAGAAAAUCAAAAUGAGAGUAUUAAUUGUCUUCGCUGCAGCUCUUUUGGCAGUCAGUGCUCUUCCAGCCCACGAAGAUUGGACUUUGUUCAAGGCCAAACAUGGAAAAUCCUACGGAAGUCUCGAUGAAGAAAAACUCCGUUUCCAAAUUUUCCAAGACAAUGUACAAAAAAUCAAUUCACACAACGCCCUUUAUGAAGCCGGACUUGAAACUUACACCAUGGCAGUCAACAAAUUCGCCGAUUUAACACCCAAAGAAUUCGGAGCUAUGUUCAGACACCAAAACGGCCCAAGUACCUCGAAGCACUUGGCUCGUCAUGUUCAAAACCAAAACCUCACUACUCCAGAAUAUAUCGACUGGAGGCAGAAGAACGUCGUUUUGGAAGUCAAGGACCAAGGAAAAUGCAAAGCCGGCUGGGCUUUCAGUGCUACUGGUGCCUUAGAAGCACAAAACGCUAUCAAAACCGGCAAAUUAUUGUCUCUUAGUGAACAACAGUUGAUUGACUGUGACACAAAUUCAAUCGACAAAGGUUGCAUAGAUGGUGAUAUGACGUCCGCUUUUGAUUACAUCAUCAAAAACGGUAUUAACAGCGAGCAUGAUUACCCAUUCGAAGGUAUAAACAACACAUGUAGAUCCAUGUCUCGUACUGAGUUAAGUGUUAAGGAAGCCCGAAGUCUGCUCGAACAAACCGAAGCUGCCCUUAGAGAGGCUGUUGGUACAAUUGGACCAAUCUGUGCAGCCAUAUACCAUGAACCUAUCCAAUUUUACCAAACUGGUAUCUUCGAAAGUUCUAGCUGUUCCAACGAUUUGGCUUUAUUGAACCAUGGUGUCCUGGUUGUAGGAUAUGGAAUGGACAACGACCAGAACUACUGGAUCAUCAAGAACUCAUGGGGCGCUGAUUGGGGUGACAGAGGUUAUAUCAGAUUAGCCAGAGACGCUAACAACCAAUGUGGUAUCGCCUACGACACUGUCUACCCAGUCUUAAAUUAAGUUUAUCCAUUUUGUAAACCAUAUCUUUUGAUAAAUAGAUAAUUUAAUGUUAGUAAAUUCGACACUUGUUUACUUUCUAUUAAAGCCUUCAAAUUGCCGGAAUAUUGAAAAAAUGAUGUU